UAAAAGCAAUUUCUAAAUAAGGUGAUAGAUAUCACAACUAUCCCAAAUAACACUCAUAUGCAGUCAAUAAUCAUUAGCCAGAAUAUACUUGAAUGGUUACUUGUUGUAAGUAUUAUGACAAUGUACAAGCAAUUAUUAUUGCUCGUAGCUGUUGUUGUUUUAACAGCUACUGAUGGAGACUUUGCUAACGAAACUGAAAAUUGGAAAGAGGUAACAGUACUGUGCCAAGAGGUUGAAUUCGUUGAAUUUCUUCUUGAAAAUAUCAAGAACGAGACACGAGUAAUUUUAGCAGAUUGUGGAAAGAAAAACUUUGUUGUAUCUUCUAACUUCAGAAUUUCAUCGAUAGACAAACUUCGCAUCCAUGGAAGACAAUCGAAUCUCUCUAGAAUACAUUGCACGAACAACACAGCAAUUAUAUUUACAGAUGUCACGAACCUCCACUUGGAAAAUUUUCACAUACAAAACUGUGGUUGGAAUGAAACGCAUAAUGGAGGAUUAAAAAUAACCAACUGUACAAAUGUCACACUAAAUGGAGUUACAAUUGAGAACAGCUGGAGAACUGGUUUGAUAAUGAUUAACGUUAGAGGCAACGUACUAAUUGAGUACAGCAAUUUCUUGAAUAAUGGCAGGCACCAAAGCAACUUAACACAGCAACUAAUGAACAGCACUUACAAUGACUUUCACGAGAGAGGAGGAGGUAUGCAAGUAAUGAUAGGCGAUGGUCAAGCAAAUGGUUUCUUUACCAUGAGGGAGUGUUACUUCUCAAACAACUUUGCCUCUCAUGGAGGUGGCCUAUUCUUAGUUAUUCACGAAGCAGCUACACAAAAUAACAUAACAAUUGAGAAAACAGUUUUCCAGAAUAAUCAUUGUUACUAUGGCGGUGGCGGUGGAGGAGUGCAAAUUGGGUAUGUACAAGAGGACGAAAAUAACGACACAAUCACAAACAACAGUGUUUUUUUUAAAGAAUGUGAUUUUUCUCAAAAUACAGCCAGGUAUGGAGGAGGUACAGCAGUUUUUUCUACAUUUGGUUCUCUCGUAUUCUCACAAAAUGAUGUUUUGACUUUCACUUCUUGCAAUUGGACAAAUAAUUCAGCGAUUCUUGGACUGGCAAUGGACAUUUCUGUAGCACCUUGGGAAACUUUCGUGUCACGGCGACACCUCCCCUCCCCCGUAUUUAUCGACUGUGUUUUCUAUGGAAACGCUGACCUAUCCACCAAAAAUCACCAUUCAUUCUUAACAAAGACAGAGGUAUCUUAGUCGUAACCAAAUUCAGACUGGAGUUUAAAAAUCGGAUAGUUUUUUGUCAAAAUUUAGGCUCUGCUAUUGAAGCUACAUCAGCAACAUUGAACUUUCAAUCCAAUUCAAAUGUGAAAUUUAUUGAAAACAAUGGCCUUCAUGGCGCUGCAAUGAAUUUGAAAGCAUCAACAGAGGUAUUCAUUCGUGACAACUCAUUCUUUUUGUUAAAACAACAAUGCCACUUACAGUGGAGGCGCUAUAUAUGUAGAAUUUUCAGAUAAACAUUCAUUUUUUACUUCAAAAAGAUGCUUCUUUAGGUAUGUUGGUGGGGAAGAGCCUAAAAAUGUCACAUUUGUAUUUAAGAAGAACUUUGCGGGGGUAGAUUCUUCGAGACCACAUUCUCAGUUAAACAAAGAAAAUGUUAGACAUCGAGGUGAUUCGAUAUUUGCUACUUCUGUUAUACCUUGCUUUGAAAAAUGCAUUCAAUCAUUGCAAACUGAUGUAUCAUUGCCUAUAACUGAUACUCUCAAAUGUAUUGGACAGUUUUCGUUUGAUGAACUUGACACUAAACGAAGACAAAUAUCCACAUCUCCACACCAUUUUGCAGCCACAGAAACUACCAGUAGCUUUGAAUACGAUAAUAUGUGCUCAGUAAUUGUCAAUAUCACAAACAAUUGGAUAAAGAGGAAUCCCAACUAUCAACCAGAAAGAUUCAAUCCAUUUGAGGGACCACUUCAUCUAAUCCCUGGAAAAUCAACGAAGAUACCACUGCGGCUAAUAGACGAUUUAUGCGGUGUGGUUUUCUUUAUUGUACAAGUAAAAGUAGUGUCAUCAGAAAUGGACUCACUAAUUAUUCACGCCGCUCAUUCGGUAGUCACAGACAAUUCUUUAACUCUUUACAGAGAAGAAAAUGACACAGGACACAUAUAACUUACAACUUUUGGAGUCCGAGCUAUCAGCGUAACAAUCAAAGUAAAAAUCGACCAGUGUCCUCCCGGUUAUAUACGACACAGCGAUAAUGGAUUAAAGGCAUGUCGGUGCUCUAGUAUCAACAGAAUGAACUAUCGUGGGAUUGAGAGGUGUAAUGAGAGUGAAUUUAGAGCUUACGUAAAGCAUGGAUAUUGGGUAGGGUAUGUUGAAGAUCCUAAUGAGUUGAGUUUAGCUAGUGCUCUGUGCCCAAGAGGAUUCUGCUCAAAUAAUACAGCCCCACCAAAAGAGCAUUUACUACCAGCAAACAUUAAUUAGUGAGGAUAUAAGCCUGUACAUUUGCAACGCUAACAGGACUGGUAUGAUUUGUGGAUUAUGCAAGGAGUACCAUUCAGCCUACUAUCAUUCAACGUCUUUCUAUUGUGGUAGUAACGAUCUAUGCCAUCUGGGUUGGCUGUUUUAUAUUCUGUCCGAGAUUAUCCCCGUUACGACACUGUUUCUGGUAGUAAUCGUAUUUAACAUUUCAUUCACAUCAAGGCCGCUAAAUGGAGUCAUCUUUUUCAUCCAAAUGAUUGACACACUAAAGAUAAAUGCAGAGAAUAUUAUUUGGUUUGACCGCCCAUUGUAUACCCUAGCUCAAGUUUAUCAAUUUGUUUUUCGGAUGUUUAGUUUAAAUUUUUUCUCAAACUGAGAUUUGUCUUUUUGUCUCCUACAAAAUGCUUCAGCUAUGGAUGUGCUAGCCCUCAAGUACAUCACCAUUAUAUACAGCCUCUUACUCGUUAUCGGAACAGUCCUUUUACUAAAAAUGUGUAACUUCAAGCUCUGUGGGAAAUCUCCGCCUAGCCUCAAAGGUUCCAUUAUCCAUGGUCUGUCUGGUUUUCUAGUAAUGAGCUACUCAGAAUGCACAAAAGUUUCUCUUAUGAUACUGACAAGAUCAAAACUCAGUAUUGGACCUGAAAAGGUUGACUAUGUUGCUUUCUACAAUGGAGAUUAUUCGUACAUGGGACCUGAGCAUUUGAAAUAUGCCAUUCCAGCAAUUAUCUUCCUUCAAACCAUGGUAGCAAUACCUCCUCUGUUGCUACUCACCUACCCCUUGUGUUACAAGCUGUUUGCUCUGUUGAGGAUAGAGGAAUCGAAGUGUGUGCACAUCACCUGCGAGAUCGUCCCUCUAGAAAAAACCAAUCCACUUUUCGAUUCUAUACAAGGAGCUUUCAAAGAUCGCUAUCGCUUUUUUGCUAGUCUCUACUUUCUCUAUAGAUUGUGUGCUCUACUAUCCUUCACACUAUCAAAUACACUUACUACACACUACACACUAACUGGAGCGCUGCUGGUUUUCAUGCUCACUAUCCACGCUACAUUUUGUCCAUACAAAAAGAGGUGGCACAAUUAAUAUUUUGGAUGCUAUAUAUAUUGUUUUGCAACCUAAUUAUCAUCAACACGAUAACGCAUAUUACAACUACAGUUUCUCUUUUCUAAAAGUUAGCUCCUCUAUUCUAGUAACAGGGAUGAUCAGUUUGCAAUCCGUACUAAUACUUCUCCCAUUAGUCUACUUGAUUGCCUUUACUAUAUAUUCAAUAGUGGUGAAAACAAAACCACUAUGCACACUCAGAUGUUGUAGGUCUGCUCAACAAAAUACAGAGGACGAUUCCGAUAUUAUUUUGAAGAUUUUUUGGAUGAAAGGAACAUUGAAAAUUCAACAGACGACAACAAUACUAGUGAUUACACCUUACUGAAAAAUGACUGUCACAGAUAAUGAUAACCCUUUCCAGGUCAGCCGCACACAAUCUGGAACAACCUGGAACAGUUCCAUCACUUUAGUUUGCAUCUGAGCCCAACCCACCAAAUUAGCUUGAUGUUACGCCGCCCCCAAUGAAGUGGCUAUGGCUUGUAGAGAUGGGCGUGGGUCAAUGGCUGUGCCACAAACUAACAUCGAUUUUAUGCCUUGCUGCUGCCUCGAUGGAAGUAUGUGUGGCCUUUAAAAGCUGCACUCUGGUCAACUCUAAGCUGCUUAGCAAGCAUGUAGACUAUUGUAGAGCUUGUGUCUACUUGUGAAGUGCCUGUGUACACAAAUGGCUUGCUGCUUCCUCUUCGAAAAUAUUCUAUGGCUACAAAGAUAGUCCAGAGGGUCUACCAAUGGAUACUACUCAGUCCUACAUGCUGUAGAGCUUGUUUUAAACCUUUUUUAAUUGAACAGCUCAGCAGAACUUCAAAGGAUAAUUGCAUUCAUGAUACUAUCCAAUCUGCCACAGAAUCCAAUAUCAUGCAACAUUCACAAGUUGAUAGCACGCUCCCUCCCAGAUUGUUGUUGUAAAAUUUACAACAAUUUGACCAGUAAAGGGAUAAAGGAUUAAAUACUACAGUUUACGAACCUAAAUGUUUAUAGACUUCGGGCAUUCACUAGUAUACAAGGACCCCUAUAGUACUUAGUGUGUAAACACAUUACCAUAAUACACUG